CUGACCUGCUCCCACACUGCACUGCGGCAGCGUGCGUCCAAGAUGGCGGCAGGUCCGAUUUCUGAACGGAAUCAAGAUGCCACGGUGUACGUUGGAGGUCUGGAUGAGAAAGUGUCGGAAGCUCUGCUGUGGGAACUGUUCCUACAAGCUGGACCAGUCGUGAACACACACAUGCCAAAGGACAGGGUAACACAGGCACAUCAAGGCUACGGGUUUGUGGAGUUUAUGUCAGAAGAAGAUGCAGACUAUGCCAUCAAGAUCAUGAACAUGAUCAAACUGUAUGGAAAACCCAUCAGAGUAAAUAAGGCCUCAGCUCACAAUAAGAACCUGGAUGUUGGAGCCAACAUCUUCAUCGGUAACCUGGACCCUGAGAUUGACGAGAAACUCCUGUAUGAUACCUUCAGCGCCUUUGGAGUUAUUCUGCAGACACCAAAGAUCAUGAGAGAUCCAGAAACAGGAAACUCCAAGGGUUACGCCUUCAUCAACUUUGCCAGUUUUGAUGCCUCUGAUGCAGCGAUUGAGGCCAUGAAUGGACAGUACCUGUGUAACAGACCCAUCACCAUAUCAUAUGCCUUCAAGAAGGACUCCAAAGGAGAGAGACAUGGUUCAGCUGCAGAGAGGUUACUGGCUGCCCAGAACCCGCUGUCGCAGGCAGACCGGCCCCACCAGCUGUUUGCUGAUGCCCCGCCCACCCCACAGUCCAACCCACCCAUGUCAUCAGCACCUCCGCAGGGCGGCCCUCCUCCUGGAAUGCCCCCUCCAGGCAUGCCCCCUCCGCCACCCCCUCCGAGUCCCCCCACCCCCAUGCCUCCACCAGGAAUGGGAAUCGCCCACCCUCGAGGUGGGCCCCCUGGUCCCGUCCCCCCUCCACCCACCCCUAUGGGCAUGCCCCCCAUGCCGGUCCCCCCACCCCCCUCAUCUGGAGGCAUGCCGUCUGCCAGCAAUGCCGCCUCUACCUCCGCAACAACAUCACAAGACCUGGCCACCACCACGUCAGCUACCAACAUGCCCCCUCCCCCCGGGGGGCACCACAUGGGACCCCCUCCUGGUAUGCAGGGCCCCCCUGGCAUGAUGCCCCCACCUCCCUGGGGUGGCCCAGGUAUGCCUGGCCCGGGUAUGCCACCCCCUCCUGGACACCCCGGCAUGGGGCCGCCCCGAGGCCCCCCUCGUGGGCCACCCCCCGGCAUGAUGCCCCCUCCUGGCUUCAUGGGAGGUCCACCAGGACCCCCCAGACCUCCACCUUUUGGUCCAGGACCAGGUUUUCCACGCGGCCCUCCACCAAGAGGCAUGAGACUACCACCCCCGCCCAGAGGAAUGAGACCACCCAUGCCACCAAGACCAAGAUAGAAAUAUGCCAGAAGAUACCAUGUCUAAGGGGGCAAAGAGGGAUGGGUUUUUAUUUUUUUUCUCAGUGACCAAUGUAGAGAAGAAACAUUCUUCACCAUUUUGUUAUAUUCAGUUGUUUUUCUUACUCUUAGAAGACUAGUCUGUCAUUCCAUCAGAAAGGUAUAGUUUGUUAUAAAUGUAGUCCUUAUCACACAUUAAGAACUAUCCCCCUGAACUAGAGCUGUGUACCUAAACAAAUUUUAGUUACAGGUACAGGUACACAGGUUUAGGUACAGGUCCAAACCUGAAACUGUAUCUGAAAGAUCCAGCAAAUAAACAUGUUCUUCUGAACUCCUUCCAUAAUGACAGAAACAUGAGUAAACUUGACAGUUAAGUGUAAGUUUUUGUUUAUGGAGAAGUCUUAUAUAAAACAUAGGCAAAACUAAGUUGUUUCAGUUAUCAUUUCCUACCCUGCAACACAAAGUGGCAUCUAGAGGUAGCAUAACUAAUAUGCAACAGAUCUUUAAUUAAAUUCACAACAUACAAUUGUUGUAGUCUAAAGGUUUUUUAUCAUACUGAAGUUUUCUGCUCAAAACUCGUGGAAUAUCGCGAGAUCUUGAAAAAAAUGGCCGACCUUAUUUACACUAGUGCCAAGCGCUACAGAUUUCUUUCUUUUUAUUCCAACAUUUCACGACUAGACAUGGUGACUAGCGGUCAGGCCGAUACCUCGGCCGGUACGGAAUACCCAGUGUUGUAUUCUAUAUUCAUGUAGUACCAUUGCUCUAUAUAGUAAUUUCGUAACGUGUGUACUGAAGUAUCAAUGGAAGUAUACAGAAGAAUUUUCUUAUUUAUGCACAUAACC